CUUUGUUUGGUACCGCGGGAGUUAAAGAUAGCAUUCAAGAUCUCCAAGAUGCCGAGCAAAAAGAAAAAGUUUAAUGCCCGAUUUCCACCGGUAAAUUCGUCUUUCUACUAUGUUUUCUUACUUAGGUGCAUAAUCUAAUCUUUCGUUUUUGCUUUUAAAGGCGCGGAUCAAGAAAAUAAUGCAAACCGACGAAGACGUUGGAAAGGUUGCAGCUGCAGUACCUGUGAUUAUUUGUAUCCUAGCUUGUAGAAACAAAACUUUUGACUUAUUUGAAACCGAACUUCGUUCAGAUUUUAGUAUUCCCUGUUUCCUUUUUUAAAUCCACAUGAGAUAUAACAUAAUAAAUGCACAUGAGAUAUAACAUAAUAACAAGUGAAAAGAUUCAUUAGCUGGACUAUGCCAUCUCUAUUUUUAGAAAACUUGGUUGGAAGAGGAAAUUCAUUCUUGCCUACUUUACCCAUGAAGACUUCUGUGUGUUCUACGUUUUUUCCUUAAUUGUUUCAUUCCUCAGCUAAAGCACUCGAGAUGUUUGUACAGUCCCUGGUAGAAAGGGCGAGUGAAUAUACGAGAGCCAGGAAUGCCAAGACGAUGACUACACAACAUCUGUGAGUCAUUUUUAUUUCUUAUGUUCUCUCUUCUACAUAUGCUUAAUACUUAACCUAUACCAAGGGAACUGCUUCUUACAUUUUAAGUGCUAUUUUUGCGUUUCCGUGAUCUUUUUAUGCUGUUUUGGUCCAGCUUUAUUUCUGACAGCUAUAAUUAGGUCACAUAAAUUUUAACAAUAGUAAUAUUUCUUGACACAAAGCUUUUAAGAUCAAUGUUCCAUCUGAUCUAUUUGGAAUGUCUGGAUUUCUGUUUAACCUCUCGAGUUUAAGGAGGUUUGUAUUUAAACACUUACUUUCAACUCUGUACAUGGAACUAUUUCACUUUAAAACCAAAUUCUAAAAUGAUAAAUCAAUCGUUAUACUAGUAAAUUCUUGCUACUCUUGAAUCAUCAAUAUUUUAUUUCUAUUGUCAGUACUGAGACAAUACAUUCCUUCAGUGGUUAUUUUGUUUAACAUGCCUGUCUAGACAUCACUUUACACGUAGUUAGCUGUAAUGUUAUGAUUUGUUAUGUCUUUUUGUUAACUGUGGAGCUGUAAGGUAACUGUCAGGAUCAUUUUGAACAAGGCAAAAUUAUUAAGGCUAUAUAGUGGAACGUCAAUUGAUAAUAUUUUUUUCAUGCAAAAUACCUCUCCAUUUCUGACUGGCUUUAAAUCCCCAUCCAGUUUCUCAUAACCUGCUAGCACUAACCAAAUUCGGAAGAUGAUUACAAUGAUUAUUCUAAUGUUGAUGUCAGUGGUGGAAUAAUUGAAGAUUAUCCAUGGUUGACAUCAUGCAAGACUACAGUGCAGCAGCUUAGCUGUUCUGGUUUUGCAGAACUCAGAAAAAUGGUGAAAGAGUCUGCAGCUACGAGAAAUAUUGGGCUUCCUGUAGUGAUUAAAAAUGAUAACAAGAAUAUGCAAAACUACCACUCAAUGAAUGUCAACUGGUUUUGAGGGUUCAAGAUCUGAAACUGCAGAGGAAGUGGCAAACUUUUUAUUUUUUCUGGCCUAUAGCCAGUACCCAUUAUGUCAACAUCUGUAUAAGUCCGUAAGUCUGAUUCUAUUGUCCUCAUAGCACACGACAUUAAUGCAACAUUCUCCAGAAAAUUUGAAAAGGAGAAAAACAUUGAGUAGGCAGCAACUGAUAAGAUCAAAAGGUGCAUCUUUCACAUUGCGUGAUUGUGUGCAGGAAUAGGUAUGGUAAGGGGGCAAACCCCUUUCAGUGAGGGAGAAUGGGAGCCUCCCCUGGAAAAAUUUUAUUUUAGGGUUCCUGAAAGGUGCAUUUCAGCACGUUGCAUUUAAGUGACCAGGGAAAGAAGUUAAUUGUCACCUUUAUUUACCCAUACUUGUAUCAACUGAGCAAAAGGCAAAUAGUGUUGAGGACCAAAAUAAAGUGAAAUUUGAUAGAUUUGUCCUGCUUAAAAAAAUUAUUUUCUGUGCGGAGUUGGCGCCUCUAUGUCAACUUGAUGACGAUUUUAGCCCAUCACCAGAGGCUUAAUACAUGCUAGUGCUCAUUUUUUUGGAUGAAUUUAAUAUGGUCAUUUUUUCCUUUUUUUUAAGCCCAACAAUUUAAUAUUAUUUGUAUUGUACAAGUACAUUGAUCAUUGAUGUCUAGACAGGCAUGUUAAACAAAAUAACCACUGAAGGAAUGUAUUGUCUCAGUACUGACAAUAGAAAUAAAGAUGAAACGAAUUAAGUUUUUAAACAGUUAGUAAGUUACAAUCAAGAUCCGCAUUUGAUACUUGUUGGUGCCUUUUUUUGAGGACUUUGCUAGCCCUGCAUUUUUCCUUUUAAUCUUUAAAAAAUGUCAUUAUCAUUAGUGUUUCAAUCUUGAUCUCAUGCUCUUUUUUUAAUGCAAUUUUUUCUAUUUUUUUGCAUUAAAAAAGUGCAUGAGAUAUCAGGAUUCAAACACUAAAAAAAUGGGAACUAUAAGUUUACUCAGGCGACGAUCUAGGAUAAAUACUGACUGAUUUCCUAAACGAGCGUCAAAAAAAGGAAGCUUCUAGGGGGGUCUGGCGCAUGCUUCCCCCAAAAUUUUUUUUGGGAUUUCAACUCCCAAAAGUCUUUUGAGUCAUUCAGACAGGAUAUUUACUGUCUGCCAAAACUGUAUGACAGAUUUCAACCUGGAAGAUUUUUUGGUUUAAUUAAAAAUAUAUUAUUGUGAAAAAUCUGACCAAUUUCCAUAAAACAGUGGAAAUCAGUGUGGAUCCACGCCUGGUGCUACAGUUUAAAAGACUUCACAAACAGCUAAGUUAGACCAACGGCAUACCGAAAUGAGUCAAGGUUUUCUCAAGUGACUCCAACUCCCUUAUUUAUUGAAAUACUUUUCAGAACAAUAUAAACAUAGGAAACAGAAAACAAACGUAUUGAAACAAAAACAACAACAAAACAAAGUGGGUGGGUGAAACAAACCACUGAAUUAUUGAAUUUUACCAUUUGAUAAAAGGUUUCCUUGUAGCACACUACAUUACUAUUUAACCUCCGGAGCAGAGGUACAAGGUUCAAUAACCAGCAUCAACCAUUUUUUUCUAUAAAUGUAAUAGAUGUUAUUUCAUUUUUAUGGUUACUUGCUCCAGUAACAAAAGAACUCCAAAUUAUUAUUCCUAGGAGUUUUACAGCUUCAGAACUUGUUCUUAAGGUCAAAAAUUAUCAUUAUUCUUAAAAGCAAGCAUGCCAUUCCUGAAUGAAAAAUAUUCCCUAAGGUGAAGAAAAUGGUCUCGCACAAUGAUGCAAACAAAUGGAGCCAACAGUCACUAAGUGUUUUGUAUUUCAUGUGUGAAGUUUUGUGGUUAUGGUGUGUCAAUGAACAUUCAUUACUUUGAAAGAAUUGAUCAUUAGAAAAUUUCCAUCUUUUGAUCAGGCAAAGGAAUUUUUACUCCAAUAAUGCAAUCCAUUCCUGACAAAUGAAUAACUUACAACAGUUGCCUUAACGUGUGUCAAACUUUAAUUGCUCUGUUGUGAAACAUGUCAUGUUUGGCACCACAUUAAAAUGUGUUUUUUUCCCAAGGGAUUCAAUGUAAUAAUAAUUAUUAUUAUUCCUUGGAGUUUUUUAAACUCUCAAACUUCCUCUUUGUUAAUAUCUUAAAUUCUUUAGGUGAAUAAAUAUUUUGUUUUAAAACUAAACACAAAUCAAGUCAGAUUCUUCAUUCUGAUAAACUGUCGCCUACUUUGCGUGUGAACAAUAAAAUUGUCAAACACUUUCCUUGGAAUGUUUGGCGGCAAAAUCUGUCAUGUUUGCACCCAAUAAGAACAUGUCAUGAACAUGUCAUGCUUGUCGCAUGUACAUGCUUAGAUGCAACCGAAGGUGGAAGCUAGAUCAUUAGCCUGCGUAGCAAGAGUUUCCCAUCGAGUUAUUGCGCGAAGGUUAGAGCGGGAGCAGAAAUCAAAAAGGUGGAAGGGGGAGGGGAGGGGAAAAGAGGAAACGCUUGCCUGCAAACCCCACGAUUCUGGAAAACGCCGCUUGAUAUUUUACAGUUUGGUUCAUUUGUAAAUUGACAGCUCAUCAAAAUAGAAGAUAAAACGAACAGAUUACCCCUGGAUUACCAGAUUUGUAAAAUUAAUUUGUUCUCUAAUAGAACACGUUCCAGGCGAUUGCAGAAACUGUAAAAAAAAAGGUUUACGAUAAAAGAAGGUUAAAACUUCGAGAGAUUGCUGCCGAAUUUCUUGUUUUUUUAUUAUGUGGCUUUAUCUCAUCUGAAAUCUUGUUGAAAUGUCAAAAAUGAUUUUUCCGGACAAUUCAUUCUGCUGGGUAUAAGUUUUGCAGAGUGGCUGCUCUUCAGCCCGUGUCGAAACGUUCUCUACAAUACAUGCCACUAAAUGUCCAAUAAACAAAAAGAAUCUUUUCAUUUCAAAAAGCUUACAAAUCCAGUGUUCUCCUUAUCAGGCGGUAACCGGUAAAAUUUACCGCUUGAAACAACACUUCUUACUGCCUGCAACCUCUUGAAGUGUUACUAAAAUCCAAUAAAUUUUUUUAAAAAAUAUGCAAGUUGUGAUCCAAGCCGAUCCCCGCAAGAAAAGGAAGUACAUACGGAAAAACAAAAAGUAUACACAGCUGUUCUCCCUAAUUACUUUAUUUAAAUGCUGACUGGCACCUUUCAAAGCACUACAGGCUCACAAUUUUUUUUGUGGGCGUCUGUCCCAAUUCUAAGCUUUUUCGACCAGCAGGAAAAGUUCGCGACUUCUGCGACUUGUGUUACUAAAUUGACCUCAAGGCUGUGCUCUAAUGGCGCCCAGUUGUCUGAGGCAACUAACAUUUAGCUGCGGACAACUGAAAAUAAAAUUCACGGUCACCCGGCAGGGCACUCUUGCUUCUAGUGCAGUGUUCAGUUAAGUGGGCAGAAAAAUUAACCAUACCAGUGUUGGCUUGUUGAGUCAGAGUUUACUAAACCCUACAGAAAAUGUACUCGGGCGACCAACUUGGAGGCCUGGGCACCCCAGCUGGAAUGGUUGGGAGCCCGAAGAGCUCCCUGAAAUUUUUAUUUAGGUGACCAACUUUGAGGUCUGGGUGCCUUAGUUAAAAUGCUUGGGAUCCCGAAGGGCUCCCUGAUAUUUUCCUUAGAGCACAGCCUUGGACCUAGAGGCAAAGGCAGCCUUCAUUCACAAAAUUCUUUGUUUGAGGUGUUUAAAAUACUUUUCAGUCAAUUUGACAGGAUGCUCGAAAAUAAAAGCCUUCAUGAACGCGAAGCCCCUCUCCUGUCGGGAGAGUGCGCCUCUGGUGCAUAUUUUGGCCUUACCAGUCAAGAAUGGUCCCUUACCUGCUAAGCUAAAAUUAAGGGAGAACACUGCAAAUCGCUGGUCCAUGGCAGCUUUAGCAAGUGUCAAGUACCAAUGUUCUGAUUUACGUUGAUGUUAUCUCAAACAACCAGUCCAUUUUUUUCCAGUCAGAUCCGCACGCCCUUAUUCCCAAUAAUCUGGCCUUCCCUUGUCUCCACCGUACUGCUCGAUCUCCCAUUAUACUUUGAAGACUCUGAUCUCAUAAACCUUUGCACAAACACGAUUCAAAUAAAUAUCAGUCCAAAGCAUUUGUAAUCUGCGACCACAAUAAGAUGAGACCAGAUCUGUGACGCAUGUAAACAAAGCAUACCUGGUUUGAUUGAUGUUUCGAGUGCUAAGUAAUCAACACUACCAGCACCACACCAAUCAGAAGCUGCGUUUGUGGGUGAACGCACUUUUUCAAAAACAUGAGGUUUGCGGGCAAGCGUUUCCUUCUUUCCCCUCCCCCUCCCCCUCCCCGGUCAUUCCUUUUUUUUGCUCUUGUCCCAACUUUCUAGACGACCUCGCGUGGCAACACUUGCUACGCAAGCUACUAGAUCAUCUAUUAAGUUUAUUUGUGUUAGGUUUUAAUGAGGUGUACAAGUGACUCAAAUACUAGCUAUAUAUUGGUCAUAAUUUUGAAGAACAAUUUUAAUUAUCAUUCGAAGCAAAUUUUUCUUCCUUUUCAUUGGCUGAAAGCCCACCACGUGACCUGCCAAUAACUGCCUACAAAUAACGGUCUGCUCAUGCACAAUGUCAUCCAACUGUGUUUGGCUGCAAAUAAUAUUUUGCUCAUGCGUUACAUUCUUGUGUGAAAAAAGGCAGAUCGCUUCGCUUCCCGAAGAUGUUCAUUGAAAAACAAACUUGGUGAUCGAAUGAUAAAACAAUUAUUGAACUCGGUUAUCACAAAAUAUUGUGAUUUGCCAGUGUCUCGCACAUCAAUUAUUUGCCUCAGCCUUCGGCUUCGGCAAAUAAUAGAUCUGACAAAUUACUAUAUUUUGCUCAACCUCGUCCAAUAAUUGUUAAUUAUUUACUUAACUAACAAACAUUUUUUAAAACAUCAACUGGCAAGAAACUGUUGUGAAUGCGGAUUGAAUAAUCAUUGCACUUUGUCAGUAUCAAGAAUAUUAGAAGGAUCAUCUUUUCAAAAGAUAGACUAUAAGAAGUUGAAAAAUUAGUGAAAACUAAGAUGUAUGAUUUUGCCCAAAAGCAUGUAACCCUGAAGCAUCUAAAUUUCCCUUAUUUGGCUUGAGAGUCAUCCCUGUCAAUCCCUGUCUAAAAAGAUAGCUAAUAGCAUGUUUUUCAGUCCUUAACAGUCCUCCAAGUAUGUCCAUAACCAAGAGAGAAUAAUCUAAGAGAGGGAAUCCCUAUGCGCCAUAAUAAUUAUUUGAAAUCUAUGUAAAGUUGUAUGUAAAAUUUGUGUGCCGUGAAGGUUGUUUUUGUCAGUUGUUUUUGUGACCUGCACAGUCUAGUUUCACUGAACGUGACAUGUUUCACAGCCAAACAUUUGAAGUUUGACAACCAUUAUAGCAAUUAUUGCACCAAAGAUUUAUGUUGUUGACAUUUUUCUUAUUAGCGAGUUCCCAUCAUUAUUUUAUACCAAUGAAUUUUAUUUAGAAAAGAUUGCAGUAUUGGAGUCAAAAUUUCACUUUAAUAAAUUAAAGAUUGGGAUUUUCUAACGGUAGCUCAUUUGAAGUAACGAGUGUUAUAUGCUCACACACCGUACAUGUAAACAUUCAAAGGCAAAUAGUUCACAUGUGAAAUACAAAACCCUUAGUAGGGGGCUGGCUUCAGUCGUUUAUGUUAAUGUGCAAGAUAUUUUUUCUCUCUUUCCAGGAAUAUUCCUCAUUCAGACACAGCACAAGUGCAUUUAAGAAUAGUUCUUAAAUGCACUCCAAAGAAUAGUUAUUAUUCUUUGGAGUUUUAAAGUCAAUAUUGUCUUCUUAACGUCUAAAUACUUGCGAGGAAUUCUGCUGUGCAAACACAAGUAAGGUCAAAUGCUUCAAGCUGCUAAACAGUCCCUUACAUUGCACUUAAACAUUCGUCUAACGCUGUUAGAAAUUUAAAAUAAUGUUGGGCAGCAAAACAUCAAGUUCACCCGUCAUGUUGCUUGCUGUGCGCAGGCCUCCUGCUGUGCAUGAUCGGCAGUGAAAUGAAUUACCCACUAAGUUUAAAAUAACAUGAUGCCAUUCUUACCAACUAUUGAGGUAUCAUCCUUACAAGAGUCAUGCACUAUGACACAGAACCAAGAAUAGAUUUAAAAUAAUUUAUAUGGGAAGGUCAUGCAUGGGGAAUUUGCUCUCUUAGGUUAUUCUCUCUUGCCAUGACUUAAUGGUAUAGGCUGAGCCAUUUACAUUUAAAUGUUAUAUGACAUAAACAACAGGUAAAAAAAUUUACAUUUACGAUUAGUGAAGCUGGCGAGUGUGUUGUCAUUUGCACAUGCUAAGCUGCGCUAUGGUGUGUACGAAUAAUUUGCAAAGUAAAAACUUUUUGUAAAUAAAUUUUCUUGCUUGAUAAGUAGUUUUCCAUCUCAGAGGAAAUUGUAAGACAUUUUACAUUUUAUUUUGAAUGGCCUCUGUACAUGUGCAUUUCUUGAUGCUAAGAUAGCAAACUUAGAAAACUAGGAGAUAAAAAGAAAAGUUGCAUAAUGUUGUGCUUUUGAGCUUGGGCUAGCCUUCAUCAAGCCUGUAAGAUACAAUCACGUGUAUUUGACUUUGUAUUGUCAGGAAGAAGUCAAUUUUGGCAAUAAUAUUCUGAGUUUGGUUCAAUUUCACUACGUAAUACUGUAAUUGCCCCCAAGGAUUUCCAAAGCACUCACGCAACAAUCCCGUGUAUGAAUAAUUUCAUAUUAGGAAGUAAAUUUUGAUUGGUUCUCCAAAAAAAACCUGCAUUGGAACAGAGUUCUCUAUACACUUUAGGGUUAUAUGCUUCUGUUUUGUCCCAUCUCUACAGGAAGCGGUGCAUUACAUCAGAAAACCAAUUUGACUUUUUGAAAGAUUUAGUGGCAAAUGUUCCAGAUCUCCCUUCCAAUGAAGAAGAAAGAGAUGGAGAACCAAAGCCAAAAAGGUAUGGAAUACCUGGUGUGUGUGAAGUACAUGUACCUCAUGUUGAAACAGAAGAGUAUCAUACAACUGUAGCUUAAAGUUUUAAUAAUCAUUCAUCAUACAAUAAAAUAUUGUCCAAACAGUGACUUGUUUGACUCUUCACCGGAUAUUGACCAUAUACUUACCUGACAAUAACUGACAUUGAACAUUUUCAUAAGUCAUUGCUAGCAUGCCAACCUUGAUUGGUUUUCUCUCAGCAAGGUUGUUAAAUGGACUAAUCAGGUGCAAACUGGGUUGGUACAAUUUCAGUAACAGCUUAUUUCUGAAACAUUUCAAGAACUGUUUUUUAGUUUGGUCAAACUGUUUUUAAAAAAUAAGGAUUACAAAUAAUAUUGUAUUAAGUAAGCUGUGUUGAAAUUCAUAAGGAAAUCUAAAUAACUGGAUAAUAUUUUUGGGUAAACCUACUUAAUUCAAAACUUAGAUUGUGUUUGAAAUCAUUCGUGUUGCCAUAGCAAUGAUUGUAAUCUGAACUUGAGCCUCAAAUAUUUAUUGUUUUAUAAAUUUAUUUUGGCCAUGCCAAAUUUGAGCCUUACAUGUAUAGAGCUGUUUUCACUUGACUGUCGUAAAACCAAAACCAAAGUAAAUACACUAGCCAACCAAAGGGCGUAGUAAAACCAAAACCAAAACCAAAACCAAUCCCUUUCGACAGUCAAGUGAAAACCGCUCUAUCACAGUUGAUGUCAGUGGUGGAAUAAUUGAAGAUUAUCCAUGGUUGACAUCAUGCAAGACUACAGUGCAGCAGCUUAGCUGUUCUGGUUUUGCAGAACUCAGAAAAAUGGUGAAAGAGUCUGCAGCUACGAGAAAUAUCGGGCUUCCUGUAGUGAUUAAAAGUGAUAACAAGAAUAUGCAAAACUACCACUCAAUGAAUGUCAACUGGUUUUGAGGGUUCAAGAUCUGAAACUGCAGAGGAAGUGGCAAACUUUUUAUUUUUUCUGGCCUAUAGCCAGUACCCAUUAUGUUAACAUCUGUAUAAGUCCGUAAGUCUGAUUCUAUUGUCCUCAUAGCACACGACAUUAAUGCAGCAUUCUCCAGAAAAUUUGAAAAGGAGAAAAACAUUGAGUAGGCAGCAACUGAUAAGAUCAAAAGGUGCAUCUUUCACAUUGCAUGAUUGUGUGCAGGAAUAGGUAUGGUAAGGGGGCAAACCCCUUUCAGUGAGGGAGAAUGGGAGCCUCCCCUGGAAAAAUUUUAUUUUAGGGUUCCUGAAAAGUGCGUUGCAUUUAAGUGACCAGGGAAAGAAGUUAAUUGUCACCUUUAUUUACCCAUACUUGUAUCAACUGAGCAAAAGACAAAUAGUGUUGAGGACCAAAAUAAAGUGAAAUUUGAUAGAUUUGUCCUGCUUAAAAAAAUUAUUUUCUGUGCGGAGUUGGCGCCUCUAUGUCAACUUGAUGACGAUUUUAGCCCAUCACCAGAGGUUUAAUACAUGCUAGUGCUCAUUUUUUUGGAUGAAUUUAAUAUGGUCAUUUUUUCCUUUUUUUUAAGCCCAACAAUUUAAUAUUAUUUGUAUUGUACAAGUACAUUGAUCACUUCGAAGAUAAUUAGAUGAAAAGAAUUAAGUUUUUAAACAGUUAGUAAGUUACAAUCAAGAUCCGCAUUUGAUACUUGUUGGUGCCUUUUUUUUUAGGACUUUGCUAGCCCUGCAUUUUUCCUUUUAAGCUUUAAAAAAUGUCAUUAUCAUUAGUGUUUCAAUCUUGAUCUCAUGCUCUUUUUUUAAUGCAAUUUUUUCUAUUUUUUGCGUUAAAAAAGUGCAUGAGAUAUCAGGAUUCAAACACUAAAAAAAUGGGAACUAUAAGUUUACUCAGGCGACGAUCUAGGAUAAAUACUGACUGAUUUCCUAAACGAGCGUCAAAAAAAGGAAGCUUCUAGGGGGGUCUGGCGCAUGCUUCCCCCAAAAUUUUUUUUGGGAUUUCAACUCCCAAAAGUCUUUUGAGUCAUUCAGACAGGAUAUUUACUGUCUGCCAAAACUGUAUGACAGAUUUCAACCUGGAAGAUUUUUUGGUUUAAUUAAAAAUAUAUUAUUGUGAAAAAUCUGACCAAUUUCCAUAAAACAGUGGAAAUCAGUGUGGAUCCACGCCUGGUGCUACAGUUUAAAAGACUUCACAAACAGCUAAGUUAGACCAACGGCAUACCGAAAUGAGUCAAGGUUUUCUCAAGUGACUCCAACUCCCUUAUUUAUUGAAAUACUUUUCAGAACAAUAUAAACAUAGGAAACAGAAAACAAACGUAUUGAAACAAAAACAACAACAAAACAAAGUGGGUGGGUGAAACAAACCACUGAAUUAUUGAAUUUUACCAUUUGAUAAAAGGUUUCCUUGUAGCACACUACAUUACUAUUUAACCUCCGGAGCAGAGGUACAAGGUUCAAUAACCAGCAUCAACCAUUUUUUUCUAUAAAUGUAAUAGAUGUUAUUUCAUUUUUAUGGUUACUUGCUCCAGUAACAAAAGAACUCCAAAUUAUUAUUCCUAGGAGUUUUACAGCUUCAGAACUUGUUCUUAAGGUCAAAAAUUAUCAUUAUUCUUAAAAGCAAGCAUGCCAUUCCUGAAUGAAAAAUAUCCCCUAAGGUGAAGAAAAUGGUCUCGCACAAUGAUGCAAACAAAUGGAGCCAACAGCCACUAAGUGUUUUGUAUUUCACGUGUGAAGUUUUGUGCUUAUGGUGUGUCAAUGAACAUUCAUUACUUUGAAAGAAGUGAUCAUUAGAAAAUUUCCAUCUUUUGAUCAGACAAAGGAAUUUUUACUCCAAUAAUGAAAUCCAUUCCUGACAAAUGAAUAACUUACAACAGUUGCCUUAACGUGUGUCAAACUUUAAUUGCUCUGUUGUGAAACGUGCCAUGUUUGGCACCAUAUUAAAAUGUGUUUUUUUCCCAAGGGAUUCAAUGUAAUAAUAAUUAUUAUUAUUCCUUGGAGUUUUUUAAACUCUCAAACUUCCUCUUUGUUAUUAUCUUAAAUUCUUUAGGUGAAUAAAUAUUUUGUUUUAAAACUAAACACAAAUCAAGUCAGAUUCUUCAUUCUGAUAAACUGUCGCCUACUUUGCGUGUGAACAAUAAAAUUGUCAAACACUUUCCUUGGAAUGUUUGGCGGCAAAAUCUGUCAUGUUUGCACCCAAUAAGAACAUGUCAUGAACAUGUCAUGCUUGUCGCAUGUACAUGCUUAGAUGCAACCGAAGGUGGAAGCUAGAUCAUUAGCCUGCGUAGCAAGAGUUUCCCAUCGAGUUAUUGCGCGAAGGUUAGAGCGGGAGCAGAAAUCAAAAAGGUGGAAGGGGGAGGGGAGGGGAAAAGAGGAAACGCUUGCCUGCAAACCCCACGAUUCUGGAAAACGCCGCUUGAUAUUUUACAGUUUGGUUCAUUUGUAAAUUGACAGCUCAUCAAAAUAGAAGAUAAAACGAACAGAUUACCCCUGGAUUACCAGAUUUGUAAAAUUAAUUUGUUCUCUAAUAGAACACGUUCCAGGCGAUUGCAGAAACUGUAAAAAAAAAGGUUUACGAUAAAAGAAGGUUAAAACUUCGAGAGAUUGCUGCCGAAUUUCUUGUUUUUUUAUUAUGUGGCUUUAUCUCAUCUGAAAUCUUGUUGAAAUGUCAAAAAUGAUUUUUCCGGACAAUUCACUCUGCUGGGUAUAAGUUUUGCAGGGUGGCUGCUCUUCAGCCCGUGUCCAAACGUUCUCUACAAUACAUGCCACUAAAUGUCCAAUAAACAAAAAGAAUCUUUUCAUUUCAAAAAGCUUACAAAUCCAGUGUUCUCCUUAUCAGGCGGUAACCGGUAAAAUUUACCGCUUGAAACAACACUUCUUACCGCCUGCAACCUCUUGAAGUGUUACUAAAAUCCAAUAAAUUUUUUAAAAAAAUAUGCAAGUUGUGAUCCAAGCCGAUCCCCGCAAGAAAAGGAAGUAAAUAUGGAAAAACAAAAAGUAUACACAGCUGUUCUCCCUAAUUACUUUAUUUAAAUGCUGACUGGCACCUUUCAAUGCACUGCAGGCUCACAAUUUUUUUGUGGGCGUCUGUCCCAAUUUGAAGCUUUUUCGACCAGCAGGAAAAGUUCGCGACUUCUGCGACUUGUGUUACUAAGUUGACCUCAAGGCUGUGCUCUAAUGGCGCCCGGUUGUCUGAGGCAACUAACAUUUAGCUGCGGACGACUGAAAAAAAAUUCCCGGUCACCCGGCGGGGCACUCUUGCUUCUAGUGCAGUGUUCAGUUAAGUGGGCAGAAAAAUUAACCAUACCAGUGUUGGCUUGUUGAGUCAGCGUUUACUAAACCCUACAGAAAAUGUACUCGGGCGACCAACUUGGAGGCCUGGGCACCCCAGCUGGAAUGGUUGGGAGCCCGAAGGGCUCCCUGAAAUUUUUAUUUAGGUGACCAACUUUGAGGUCUGGGCGCCUUAGUUAAAAUGCUUGGGAUCCCGAAGGGCUCCCUGAUAUUUUCCUUAGAGCACAGCCUUGGACCUAGAGGCAAAGGCAGCCUUCAUUCACAAAAUUCUUUGUUUUGAGGUGUUUAAAAUACUUUUCAGUCAAUUUGACAGGAUGCUCGAAAAUAAAAGCCUUCAUGAACGCGAAGCCCCUCUCCUGUCGGGAGAGUGCGCCUCUGGUGCAUAUUUUGGCCUUACCAGUCAAGAAUGGUCCCUUACCUGCUAAGCUAAAAUUAAGGGAGAACACUGCAAAUCGCUGGUCCAUGGCAGCUUUAGCAAGUGUCAAGUACCAAUGUUCUGAUUUACGUUGAUGUUAUCUCAAACAACCAGUCCAUUUUUUUCCAGUCAGAUCCGCACGCCCUUAUUCCCAAUAAUCUGGCCUUCCCUUGUCUCCACCGUACUGUUCGAUCUCCCAUUAUACUUUGAAGACUCUGAUCUCAUAAACCUUUGCACAAACACGAUUCAAAUAAAUAUCAGUCCAAAGCAUUUGUAAUCUGCGACCACAAUAAGAUGAGACCAGAUCUGUGACGCAUGUAAACAAAGCAUACCUGGUUUGAUUGAUGUUUCGAGUGCUAAGUAAUCAACACUACCAGCACCACACCAAUCAGAAGCUGCGUUUGUGGGUGAACGCACUUUUUCAAAAACAUGAGGUUUGCGGGCAAGCGUUUCCUUCUUUCCCCUCCCCCUCCCCCUCCCCGGUCAUUCCUUUUUUUUGCUCUUGUCCCAACUUUCUAGACGACCUCGCGUGGCAACACUUGCUACGCAAGCUACUAGAUCAUCUAUUAAGUUUAUUUGUGUUAGGUUUUAAUGAGGUGUACAAGUGACUCAAAUAAUAGCUAUAUAUUGGUCAUAAUUUUGAUGAACAAUUUUAAUUAUCAUUCGAAGCAAAUUUUUCUUCCUUUUCAUUGGCUGAAAGCCCACCACGUGACCUGCCAAUAACUGCCUACAAAUAACGGUCUGCUCAUGCACAAUGUCAUCCAACUGUGUUUGGCUGCAAAUAAUAUUUUGCUCAUGCGUUACAUUCUUGUGUGAAAAAAGGCAGAUCGCUUCGCUUCCCGAAGAUGUUCAUUGAAAAACAAACUUGGUGAUCGAAUGAUAAAACAAUUAUUGAACUCGGUUAUCACAAAAUAUUGUGAUUUGCCAGUGUCUCGCACAUCAAUUAUUUGCCUCAGCCUUCGGCUUCGGCAAAUAAUAGAUCUGACAAAUUACUAUAUUUUGCUCAACCUCGUCCAAUAAUUGUUAAUUAUUUACUUAACUAACAAACAUUUUUUAAAACAUCAACUGGCAAGAAACUGUUGUGAAUGCGGAUUGAAUAAUCAUUGCACUUUGUCAGUAUCAAGAAUAUUAGAAGGAUCAUCUUUUCAAAAGAUAGACUAUAAGAAGUUGAAAAAUUAGUGAAAACUAAGAUGUAUGAUUUUGCCCAAAAGCAUGUAACCCUGAAGCAUCUAAAUUUCCCUUAUUUGGCUUGAGAGUCAUCCCUGUCAAUCCCUGUCUAAAAAGAUAGCUAAUAGCAUGUUUUUCAGUCCUUAACAGUCCUCCAAGUAUGUCCAUAACCAAGAGAGAAUAAUCUAAGAGAGGGAAUCCCUAUGCGCCAUAAUAAUUAUUUGAAAUCUAUGUAAAGUUGUAUGUAAAAUUUGUGUGCCGUGAAGGUUGUUUUUGUCAGUUGUUUUUGUGACCUGCACAGUCUAGUUUCACUGAACGUGACAUGUUUCACAGCCAAACAUUUGAAGUUUGACAACCAUUAUAGCAAUUAUUGCACCAAAGAUUUAUGUUGUUGACAUUUUUCUUAUUAGCGAGUUCCCAUCAUUAUUUUAUACCAAUGAAUUUUAUUUAGAAAAGAUUGAAAAGAUUGGGAUUUUCUAACGGUAGCUCAUUUGAAGUAACGAAUGUUAUAUGCUCACACACCGUACAUGUAAACAUUCAAAGGCAAAUAGUUCACAUGUGAAAUGCAAAACCCUUAGUAGGGGGCUGGCUUCAGUCGUUUAUGUUAAUGUGCAAGAUAUUUUUUCUCUCUUUCCAGGAAUAUUCCUCAUUCAGACACAGCACAAGUGCAUUUAAGAAUAGUUCUUAAAUGCACUCCAAAGAAUAGUUAUUAUUCUUUGGAGUUUUACAGUCAAUAUUGUCUUCUUAACGUCUAAAUACUUGCGAGGAAUUCUGCUGUGCGAACACAAGUAAGGUCAAAUGCUUCAAGCUGCUAAACAGUCCCUUACAUUGCACUUAAACAUUCGUCUAACGCUGUUAGAAAUUUAAAAUAAUGUUGGGCAGCAAAACAUCAAGUUCACCCGUCAUGUUGCUUGCUGUGUGCAGGCCUCCUGCUGUGCAUGAUCGGCAGUGAAAUGAAUUACCCACCAAGUUUAAAAUAACAUGAUGCCAUUCUUACCAACUAUUGAGGUAUCAUCCUUACAAGAGUCAUGCAGUAUGACACAGAACCAGGAAUAGAUUUAAAAUAAUUUAUAUGGGAAGGUCAUGCAUGGGGAAUUUGCUCUCUUAGAUUAUUCUCUCUUGCCAUGACUUAAUGGUAUAGGCUGAACCAUUUACAUUUAAAUGUUAUAUGACAUAAACAACAGGUAAAAAAAUUUACAUUUACGGUUAGUGAAGCUGGCAAGUGUGUUGUCAUUUGCACAUGCUAAGCUGCGCUAUGGUGUGUACGAAUAAUUUGCAAAGUAAAAACUUUUUGUAAAUAAAUUUUCUUGCGUGAUAAGUAGUUUUCCAUCUCAGAGGACAUUGUAAGACAUUUUACAUUUUAUUUUGAAUAGCCUCUGUACAUGUGCAUUUCUUGAUGCUAAGAUAGCAAACUUAGAAAACUAGGAGAUAAAAAGAAAAGUUGCAUAAUGUUGUGCUUUUGAGCUUGGGCUAGCCUUCAUCAAGCCUGUAAGAUACAAUCACGUGUAUUUGACUUUGUAUUGUCAGGGAGAAGUCAAUCCUGGCAUUUUGGCAAUAAUAUUCUGAGUUUGGUUCAAUUUCACUACGUAAUACUGUAAUUGCCCCCAAGGAUUUCCAAAGCACUCACGCAACAAUCCCGUGUAUGAAUAAUUUCAUAUUAGGAAGUAAAUUUUGAUUGGUUCUCCAAAAAAAACCUGCAUUGGAACAGAGUUCUCUAUACACUUUAGGGUUAUAUGCUUCUGUUUUGUCCCAUCUCUACAGGAAGCGGUGCAUUACAUCAGAAAACCAAUUUGACUUUUUGAAAGAUUUAGUGGCAAAUGUUCCAGAUCUCCCUUCCAAUGAAGAAGAAAGAGAUGGAGAACCAAAGCCAAAAAGGUAUGGAAUACCUGGUGUGUGUGAAGUACAUGUACCUCAUGUUGAAACAGAAGAGUAUCAUACAACUGUAGCUUAAAGUUUUAAUAAUCAUUCAUCAUACAAUAAAAUAUUGUCCAAACAGUGACUUGUUUGACUCUUCACUGGAUAUUGACCAUAUACUUACCUGACAAUAACUGACAUUGAACAUUUUCAUAAGUCAUUGCUAGCAUGCUAACCUUGAUUGGUUUUCUCUCAGCAAGGUUGUUAAAUGGACUAAUCAGGUGCAAACUGGGUUGGUACAAUUUCAGUAACAGCUUAUUUCUGAAACAUUUCAAGAACUGUUUUUUAGUUUGGUCAAACUGUUUUUAAAAAAUAAGGAUUACAAAUAAUAUUGUAUUAAGUAAGCUGUGUUGAAAUUCAUAAGGAAAUCUAAAUAACUGGAUAAUAUUUUUGGGUAAACCUACUUAAUUCAAAACUUAGAUUGUGUUUGAAAUCAUUCGUGUUGCCAUAGCAAUGAUUGUAAUCUGAACUUGAGCCUCAAAUAUUUAUUGUUUUAUAAAUUUAUUUUGGCCAUGCCAAAUUUGAGCCUUACAUGUAUAGAGCUGUUUUCACUUGACUGUCGUAAAACCAAAACCAAAGUAAAUACACUAGCCAACCAAAGGGCGUAGUAAAACCAAAACCAAAACCAAAACCAAUCCCUUUCGACAGUCAAGUGAAAACCGCUCUAACCGCAAUGAGUCUUAAAUAACACCCCAAUGAAUUGGAACUACUCAACAGUUUGACCAGCUACAGCUGCUGCUGACUUCUAUACAGUGUAAUGCUGACCACAAUAUUUGGAUUGUCACCAGGUCAUUAAAAUGUUUAAAGUUAUGGUUACUGUAAUACUUUCAGAAAAAGGACUCCUAAACCUCCCACCCAAAAAAAAGAAAGGAAGAAAUCAGAGAAAAGAAAACCUCAAGCUACCACAGUGUCAGAUGACUCUGAAGAGGAACUUGAUUCUGAGGUACAAAUAUUUAAGUUAAUUUUGUGUUGUUCACUAUGUACAAUAUGAACAGUGCUGCACAGCCUUAUGGGCACAAAGUCAUUAAAUUGAAGGUUGCAUUGCAUAAACCACCAUCAUUUUGAGAAAUGGUCCAUAGUACAGGAGAACAAACGAAAUGAUGGAUCAAUAGUUUGAAGUAAUUUAAACCUUAUCCAGCAAUAUCCCACUCAAACAUAUCAUGGCCAACAAUACUGGAUGAAGUUGGACCAAUAAGCUAGUUCCAUUUGUACAGAGCUUAAAAACGAAAACAUUCACGUGAUUGUUUGUUUGAUGACCAGGAAGAAGAGUCAUCAUCUGAAGGAACAAGUAAUCAUAACAGUGCUACAAAUACCACGUUCAACUCUUCCAGAAGUACACCUUUACCAUUGUCAGUACCUUCUAUUACACUAACGAGACCCAGUACAGAUGAUACUUGUAAUCAACAGUAAGUGUCCUUUUCCAAUGUUAUUUUUAAUAAAACAGUGGGGUCUCAAUAUCGUAUACUAAUACUAAAAUUAGGGUUUUGUGUUUGUCCAUGUUAGAUUCUUUCAUUUUGUAACAAAGCAUGUGUUAUUGUGUUCAGUUCACUGAUUAGCUAUUUUCAUGCAUGGUAGAAAAGUUGAUCUUGGAAUAACUGAAUUCAUUUGAGCCUUCUGGGUGGGACCUUGAAAUAGGGGCCUCCAGAGUUUAAACAGAUCUUUUUGUAAAAGACCAGGGGCCCGUUUCUCGAAAGUCCCGGUAACUUUUCGAGCCCGAAAACAUACAUUCAAAUCGAAGUGUAAAGAAUAAGAGCACGGGUCCUGGCUAGCAAACUACUUCAUUUUGUUUUAUUAACUGAUAGUUUUAUCAUGUUAUGGCGCACAGAACCGUGUGUGUAUGUGUGUGUGUGUUCCUUUAUUGUAUUAUUCAUCAGAAUGUCUGUAUUUGUUGUCAGAUCUAAAGCACCAUCUGUUUCUAUGGACAUGCCGCAGCAGCUUAACCAAAUGUCUACUGCAGGCAUGAUGGGAAACUCAUUACAUGAUGAAGAUGAUGAUUAUGACUCGUGAAAAUAAUAAUAACUAUUUGAUAGACUCUGAUUGCCCAAAAUAUUUUACUUAUUUUUCCCUGCUGGCAGAGUCUACUUUUCUGUUUAUUAUUGGCAAGAGUAGGGAACUUAUUUUUAAUAAUAUACCUUUUUACUGCUCCAUUUGUGUCUCAUAGUACUAAAUGUGCGGUGAGUUUUCGUAGAUAUUGAGCUAGGAUUGCUUUGCCAGAUGGGUCAAUAGCCCCGUAUUUUUUUCUUUUUUGACGUAAACCAGUGAGCGAAAACCCUUUGACACCGCUGAUUUGUUAAAAACUAAGGAAUAUAAAGCUCUGCAAAGGCCGCAAAAUUUUUACAGAUGUUUGUUUGGUGACGGGCAAGUUCUACCCUACGAACAGAGUCUCCUUCAAUCUUCCUAGACAAGUUGGUCAGAUGAAGGUAAGAUCGAAGUGAUUCUGCAAGUUCGUGCCUUCCACCAUAAAAUUUGGAGAUUUUACAGAGCAAUAUCUUCACGUAUCACUUUGAAAAACUUGGAAUAUUCACUUUUUUUAGGGUGCUUCUUAAGCGGUCAUGAUGGAUAUUCGCCAACUAUUGUUUCUGUUCAAAAUAUGAAAAUAUGUGUAAGGGAGGGAAGGGUCUAUUGAAGUUUCAUAGUGUACUUUAUUAUAGGAAAUUUACGCGACUUAAUUCAAGUCGAAUUUAACAGAAAACGGCUUUCAAAUAAAGGAAAUGGACGCAAAAGAGGGGUUAACAUUAAAAUGAAGGAAAUUAACGCGACGUUGACAAAGAAAGAAAACUUGUUCAGACAACAGGAACAAAGUUAAACGUAUCAUCUUAAAUGGAAACUUUGUUCGUGGUACUUAACCUAAAUUAACACACGAAGGAGAAGAAGCGAAAAAAAAACUGACCACUUCGAGGGUUCUUGACAGUUUCCCUGAUACUGGUGGAUCUCACCCUGUUAAAAUACUUCUCUUUCUUAGGUGUCAAGAAUCUCAAAAGUGAAUCGUGAAUUUGGAGCCAAAAUAAUGGAAAUUACGGUCGCCGAACAAAAAUUAACGCGAAUUUUUGAAAUUCACGUUAAUUUCAUGAAGCGUUAAUUCCUGUAAUAAAGUAUGCGCCAACCUUGUUAUCUGCCAGGAUAUGUCGAUAUGGAAUAUGUUCAAGGCAAGUUUUCCCUCUUUGACAGCCUUUCUAAUUUCUUAGAAAAGUUAAAGUCUUCUGUUUUGUUUUUGUUCCUUCCGAUUUGAUGCGGUAGUAUGAUUGUAAAGAUAAUGGAUAAAUGGCUAUAAUUAUUGUAUUUUUACAAAGAAUAACAGAAAACUUGUAAAUAUCUCAUGUGCCAAUGCAACUUAAUUUCAAUAGCUGGGACAAUAUUUUAUAGACUACAAAUAGUCUCUUAUUUGGUCAGGGAUAAUAUGCAGUCAUCUUCAUCGUGGGUGCCGGGCACGGUGCUUUAAUCCUCACGCAUUUCCUCUGGUAUUUCACUUGUUGUAUUUUUCCUGAGGACUAGUCGUCAUCUACAUAUACGGUCCAUUUAAGAAAGAUUUUCAUGUCAGCCCCUUGUGCUUUUACUUUAAAAAUAAUAAAAAUGAAUAAAUUCGUGGGUUUUUUUGCAGUUUUGUCGCAGCCGUG